UAGUUUUAAUAGAAAUAAUCAAACGAUUGGUAGCCUCUGUUUACAAAAUCAGUCGGCAGUGUCAGAAUGGAAGAUUGAAUUGGCGCACAUUUGAAACAAACGUUGCCGUACAACGUUCUCGUGCGUGUUAAACGCAGUUAAAUGUUCAAAAUGGCACUAACAUUUGAAUACGUGUUUAGGCUUACAAUUAUCAUCUGCGCAAUACCGUCGUAUAUAUCCGCGAGAAUCGUAUCUGUGGACGACUGGACUCAAUGUCCGCCACCAAGCAGCCGUUUCCGGGUGUUUACAGGCGUGACCGUGGAACAGUGUGCGGCUGAGUGCGAGGCGCGCCCGGCAUGUGUCACCCUCGGUUACUUGCGCCACCCGCAUGUGUGUGAACUGUUCUAUAAACCCGAAGACGGGCCCGUAAACGUUAUCGGCACCUCGCAUUGUCAUUGUGUCAACAGGGAGAAUCUGGAAGAAGAGGAUGGAAACCCGUGCGGCUGCCCCACGUGGAGCGUCUGUGACCGGAAGUCUUAUAAAUGCACGAUUAAAGAAUGUAAGCCGCCGAGGAACGUCAACAAUGGAACGAUUCUCGGAAACCGAUAUGACGUCGGUGCGAAACUGCGCGUUAAAUGUGACGUAGGUUACUAUGAGGAGAAGGAUAUGACGUCACUGACGUGUACGGAAAGUGGCAAUUGGUCACACGUACCAUCAUGCGUAUCGAAAACUUGCUCGCAAAACCACAGUGAUCUCGAGCUCAUCAUUGUCAACCAGGAAGCAACCUUCUGCACCCACUAUCAAACCUGCGUGGACAAAGGAAGUCACAUGGUCAAGAUAGACAGUGAGGCCAAACUGCUCGCCAUAGAGGGGUUGAUGGAGAAAUGCCAAUACCAGAAAUUCGACUCGUGGGUUGACGGACAAAAGAAGGAUAGGGGAUGGAUAUUCCACGACAAUACACUUAUGCACACUGACACCGAUUUCUGGAGGAGCAACGAACCGCGAGGAGACAGCGAGUGUGUCAUGUUUAAGAAAGGAGACGGGAAACUGAGAGGAUACAACGAAAAAGAAUGCAUAAGUGAAAUGACUAGGGUUAUCUGCGAAAGGAGCGUUACAGAUUAAGAAACCUUCUGAAACCAUAUACUCAAAAAAGUUAAAUUUCAUAAAACAUAAAAUUUAAUGCUGAUAAAAAUGACAAUGUGCGUACCAAAAUUUUAUGGACAACGACAUUUCAAUUGACUCAUUAUGCGCUUGAGCUUGCAUUUCGUUACGCAAAACUAUAUUACUAUAAAACUAUUUCACUUCGGGACGCAUCAUGGCGUUUCUGGUUGUGUUAAACAUAAUAUCUGAUAAUGGUUUGCAUUAAAAAAAAGAAUAACAAAUAGCCGGCGUCUACACAAAAAUCUUAUGACAUUGAUUGAAACACUACUCAUAUAUUAUUGAGUUUGUAUUUGUAUAAGUAGCUUUUACUGAUUUCUGUGUUUUAAACAGCUGUGUGAAGUUAGCUUAACAUACGGCAUUGGACAUUCAAAAUCGAAUGUUGUGCUGGCACAACAUUGGACAUUGGACAUUCAAAAUCGAAUGUUGUGCUGGCACGACAUUGGACA